AUGCCCCACCCUCCUUCGCGAUUACAACUCACCAGCUCGGGCACCUCCCUCCAUCCCCUCCCCCACCUUACUCCCUUCCCUCGCCUGGUGGACAGGCCGCCCUCUCACCACUUAUCACCCUCCCUUCCGUCCUCGCCUCCCUCCUUUCCUCCACAUACACCCCUCUGUUCCCCCGCUUACCCCCCCCCACCCCUCUUUCUCCCACAAUCACCCUUGAUUUCCCCCACUUACUGCUCUCCUUUCCCCGACGCCCUUGCAUGCACCGUCUCCCUCACUUUCCCCGUCUCCCCUACUUUCCCCGUCUCCCCUACUUUCCCCGUCUCCCCUACUUUCCCCGUCUCCCCUACUUUCCCCGUCUCCCCUACUUUCCCCGUCUCCCCUACUUUCCCCGUCUCUCCUACUUUCCCCGUCUCCCCUACUUUCCCCGUCUCCCCUACCUUCCCGUCUCCCCUACUUUCCCCGUCUCCCUCAAUUUCCCCCUUCCCCCCACCCUCCCUCCUGAUUCCCCCCAUCCUCUGCCCUCCUCCCCCCCAACCCCUGCCCUGCUUCCUCCCCCCCCUUUCCCACUUCCUCCCACCCUCUGCCCUGAUUACCCCCACCUUCUGGCCUGCUUCCCUCCAGGGCAGAGGCACACGCCAGGUGAGCCCAGGGGAUGAGAUGAGGGGAUCAAUGGGUGAGAACCACACGGCAGGUGGGGCUGAGGGGAGUGAGAGGGAUAUGAUAGCUGAAGGCCAGCCAGAUCCCAAGAGCAAGCAAUUGCUGCUGCAUUUGUUGUGCUGCCAUUUUCCCCCCCAAUCCCGUCCCCUGCUCGUGCCUCUCACAUCUCCCUCCGCUCCCUCCCAUGUGCCCUCUUUACUCUCCCUCUCCAUAGGAGGACGACCUAGAAGCCUCGCACCAGGGAGACGACAGCAAGGUGCUGGACGCGAAAUGUAA